CAUUUCACUUGCAACUUGCUUAAUCUUCUGGUGUUUUAGUGAUCCAUAUAAAAUGGGCAGAGAAAAGGGUCAGUCCUCAAGACUAACCAUCACCACAAAAACCACACCUCCCAAAUUGGAAAGGAAGUAUAUAGAGAAGAAUAGAAGGAAUCACUUGAAGAGCCUCUACACAGACCUCUUUUCCCUUCUCCCCACUCCCAAGAUGCAGGAGAGGAUGUCUUUGCCGGACCAGCUGGAUGAGACGGCGAAGUAUAUAAAAUGUUUGGAGCAGCAGUUGGAGAAGAGCAGGCAGAAGAAGGAAGAGUUGGUUAAGAAGGAGAGCAGAAAGAGACCAAAUAAUUAUUCUUCAUGUCGUAACUGCAUGGCGGGCGGAGAGCAGAGUGAGGCGCCGCAUAUACAAGUUCUUGAUACCAGUCCGGGCAUGUCGGUUGUUUUGAUCAACGGACUGGAAAGUAUUUCUCAGUUUCAUAGCAUCAUCCGAGUUCUCCAUAAACAACAAGGCCUCGAAGUUACUAAUGCCACUUUCCAAAUCCACGGCAAUUCCACGUUGCAAAUUGUCCAUGAACAGGUUGGCAAGUUGGAGAUGGGAAUGAUCUGUGAGAGACUAAAACAGGUGAUUAAAGGGUGUCCCGGUGGGGAAGCAAUAGAAUCAUCAGAACCGCUAAAUUCAUGGGAUUAUGACAUAGAACAUGACAACCUGGGAUUCCCGAUAUUAGAACAGUUCCUGGUACAAUGUCAGAACCCGCCACCCAGUUUCUUUUGGACAGCGGGAAACAACGAGUAUUAUUGCGCCCAAAAUUAGUACUCCUAAUUAAUUAGACAAGAAAAAAGUAGGUGUACAUUGGACAGGAGGAAAGGGCAAGCUGCAGCCAUACUUGUAUUUCAUUUAACUUAGUUAGUUGUUGCAUGUAUAUUUGUAAUACUCUCCGUAUAUAAUUUUCAAAACUACUUAGUACAAUCAUGUAUGACGGAUAAUACAUGAUUGUUUUGAGUACAUAGACAUUUUUAAUACCGUUUUAAAGUCGAAUAUAGAUAGGUGCAAGUGUUGCAUGUAUGUGUUAUGAGUUGUGAAAUAAUAUAACACCAUAUUAAACUACA